AUGUUUCCCUUCUUCAGUCUGCACGACGAACAUCAACAGCAAUCUGACUACAAAGAGACCUGUAAGGACUACAAAGAGACCUGUAAAGAGACCUGUAAGGACUACAAAGAGACUCGUAAGGACUACAAAGAGACAUAUAAGGACUACAAAGAGACAUAUAAGGACUACAAAGAGACCUGUAAGGACUACAAAGAGACCUGUAAAGAGACCUGUAAGGACUACAAAGAGACCUGUAAGGACUACAAAGAGACCUGUAAGGACUACAAAGAGACCUGUAAAGAGACCUGUAAGGACUACAAAGAGACCUGUAAGGACUACAAAGAGACCUGUAAGGACUACAAAGAGACCUGUAAAGAGACCUGUAAGGACUACAAAGAGACCUGUAAGGACUACAAAGAGACCUGUAAAGAGACCUGUAAGGACUCCAAAGAGACCUGUAAGGACUACAAAGAGACUUGUAAGGACUACAAAGAGACAUAUAAGGACUACAAAGAGACUUGUAAGGACUACAAAGAGACAUAUAAGGACUACAAAGAGACUUGUAAGGACUACAAAGAGACAUAUAAGGACUACAGAGACAUAUAA